AUGGAGCGCGAGUUCCAUGCUAUAAUCAUGAUUAAGGCCGGUAGGCCUUUAAUACAGUCAAUCUCCCUAGCUUCAAGUGCUCGUUACUUGCAAGCAUCAAACUGUGGUGGCUCCUUGACGAGAACAGCAUGGAGCCCACAGAGUGUGGCAAGCGGGAGGUGUCUAGCUACCUCUGUUGCUAGAUAUGAAGAUAGCGUUUCACCUUUCAAGCAACAGCGCCGGACUGAGCUUUGGGCGGAGCAAGAGGAAGAGGAUCCCCUCUUCACAGAGACACAUCCUCGCCUCGUGAACCGAGCAACGCGAAUGUCGGUGCCAGGCUUCUAUGAAGCUUUCAACAAUAGUCAUGAUGAUUCUAAGGAUGUCACCGUCUGCGGCCGUAUCCGAUCUAAGCGAGUUGUAGGAAAGAACCUCAUCUUCAUCGAUAUUGUGAAUGAGUUUACGCGCCUACAAGUUAUGGUCAACCGGUCAAAGUGCAUGGUGGAUGAAGAGGACAGAAGAUUAAAGUUCGGAUUGUUCAGAAGUUUAAUAGAAGUGGGCGACCACAUAUAUGCUUACAGUCUGGCAGCGAUCACUGGUAUCCCGACUCGUACUAAGGCCGGUGAGCUCACCAUUGAGGCCAAGGCUCUCCCCGAGCUCUUGUCUCCUACUAUGGAGCAGAUUCCCGAGAAGCUCACGGAUCCCAAGACGAGAAUGCAAGAGCGCCAUGUUGAUAUGUUGGUGAACCGUGAGGCGAUCGACGUCUUGCGUCUUCGUGCCGAGAUCACAAAGUACAUGCGCGAUUACUUCCACUCCAAACGAUUCCUUGAGUUCCAAACCCCGAUCCUGGCUCAGAAUGCUGGCGGUGCCGUUGCUCGUCCCUUUGUGACCAGGGCCACCGAGUUCAAGGACAAGGACCUGGCACUCCGUAUUGCACCUGAGUUGUGGCUCAAGCGUCUCGUCAUCGGAGGUGUUGAUAAGGUCUUUGAGAUUGGUCCUUCGUUCCGCAAUGAAGGCGUCGACGCCACACACAACCCCGAGUUCACCAUGUGCGAGUUCUACAGCGCAUAUACCAACUUGGAAGACCUGAUCAAGGAGACUGAGGAGAUUUUGUGCGGCCUUGCUCAGCACUCUCAAGAUCUUAUCUCCACUGAGCUGACAGCCCUUCCUCCCAUUGACAUGUCUCGCUUUGUCCGCCCCUUCAAACGAGUUGAGUUUGUUCCGGCACUCCAGGAAGCUCUUGGACUGCGUCUGCCUAAGCUCUCAUCACCACAUGCUUUACCAGAGGUGCUCGCCAUCUUGAAGCUCGCUAACAUCCAGGUCCCUGGUGAAGUGCCUACAUCAUUGGCCAAGCUGCUUGAUCGUUUGGCUGCCAUCUAUUUGGAACCCAUGUCCUUCACGGAGCCCGUUCUUAUUAUGAACCACCCUGCUUGCAUGUCACCACUGGCAAAGAGCUUCGUAUGCCCCGAGACUUUCCAGCUCGUCUCUGCUCGAGCAGAGCUUUUCAUCGGUGGUCGCGAGUUGGCCAACAUGUAUGAAGAGGAGAACGAUCCAGAAGCCCAGAGGCGCAAGUUGUUUGAACAUCGACAUCUCGUCAACAAGGAUGAUGGCAGCAUUGCUAUUGAGCUUCCCGAGACACCAGAAGGGGAAAUAGUUAUCCAGGAAUCACAGGACGAGCCUUUUGAAGACGAAGAUGGCGAUGCGGCUCCUCUGGACCAGAGCUUUGUCAAGGCCCUUGACUAUGGCCUGCCUCCUACCGGUGGCUGGGGAUGCGGUAUCGAGCGUAUGGUGAUGUUGUUCUCUGGUGCCAGCCGAAUCAGUGACUGCCUCAGCUUCGGUACCAUAAGAAACGUGGUUGGACUCUCCGCGACCGAAGAAAACAAGAAGGACAGUUCCGAGGAACACAAGGCCGAUGAGGAAGAAAAGAAAACGGGCAUCGAGGGCCAAUAA